GACACCGAUUUUCAGCAGUUCAUGAACCCCCGUAACCCCGUUUCUCAUUCUUUUCAGCUUUUUACAUUUUAUUACUCCAAUUUCCCUAAUUCUCUCUCCUGUUUUUCUCACAAUCAUCUCUCUUAUUAUUCUGGCCACGCACAUUCUUUCCUUCAGUUGGUGGAAGUUUAGCUGAAUUUGAGGACUGGAAAAAGAAAUUGUAUUGUGUUGAGGAAGGAUAAGACUGAGAAACGAAAAUGCCUGCACAGAAGAUCGAAACCGGGCAUAAUGAUGUUGUUCAUGAUGUUCAAAUGGAUUAUUAUGGUAAACGUGUUGCCACUGCGUCGUCUGAUACCUCGAUUAAGAUAAUUGGUGUGAGCAGUAAUUCCGCCACACAACCUCUUGCCACAUUGACCGGCCACCAAGGGCCUGUCUGGCAGGUUGCGUGGGCACACCCGAAAUUUGGCUCAGUUCUUGCUUCGUGCUCCUAUGAUGGUAGAGUUAUUAUCUGGAAGGAGGGCAAUCCGAAUGAGUGGGCACAAGCUCAUGUGUUCCAUGAGCACAAAUCUUCAGUUAAUUCCAUUUCUUGGGCACCUCAUGAAAUAGGGCUUUGUUUGGCCUGUGGAUCGUCUGAUGGAACCAUCUCUGUUCUUACCCUUCAGGCUGAUGGUAGUUGGGACACAAACAGGAUUGAUCAGGCUCAUCCGGUUGGGGUAACAUCUGUUUCAUGGGCUCCAGCAACAGCUCCAGGGGCUCUUGUUGGAUCUGGAUUGCUUGAACCCGUCCAUAAAUUGGUUUCCGGGGGUUGUGACAACACCGUGAAAGUUUGGAAGCUUUUCAAUGGGACAUGGAAGAUGGACUGCUUCCCUGCUCUUCAGAUGCACUCAGAUUGGGUCAGGGAUGUGGCCUGGGCUCCUAAUCUAGGGCUUCCAAAGUCGACAAUUGCUAGCGCUUCACAGGAUGGAACUGUGGUCAUAUGGACUGUAGGCAAAGAAGGGGAGCAAUGGGAGGGCAGAGUAUUGAAGGACUUCAAGACUCCUGUUUGGAGGGUGUCUUGGUCUUUGACCGGGAACUUGUUGGCUGUUGCAGAUGGAGACAACAACGUUACAUUGUGGAAAGAGGCAGUUGAUGGAGAGUGGCAGCAGGUUUCAACGGUGGAGCCAUAGGUUUUUGCAGAUUCUCUUUGUAAUUUCUACCUUACUACAAUUUCUUUUCUUAUGGACUUGACCGAACUAGUUUUUUUAGUCCGAUUCUGCUGCAGUUUUGUUGUGUGGUGAAUACUGUUGAUUGUAUGCUUUAGCUGAUAUUGUUUUACAACUAUCACUCAAGGUAGAGAGAGACAUACUUGGUGAUCCUUUCUGUUUUAGAUUUAUACAGCAUCCAAAUUUGUUAUUUGCCCAUUGUUU